UAGGAUGUUCUCGGAUGCUGCUUACACUAUCAGUUUGCAUAUAGUUUGAUAGCAUUUGCGGACCGCCUUGAUUACGAUCAAAAUGUCUGAAAAGGCGAGCCCAACACUCAUCGAAGAGUCUUGUGAUGUUCCAGAGUGGCUCAAUGCUAAAUAUUUCGAAGAGGUGCUGAGGAAGGCUAAAAAUGAUUCUACUAUCAAGGUACGAUCAAUCAAUGUGAGAUAUGCAUUGCCGAAAGGUGAAAAUUACGCUAGUACAAUAUAUCGGGUCCUCGUUGAGUUCCACACGAAGGAUCAAUUUGCCGUAUGUCGAAGUUAUAUUGUGAAAGGAAUGGCAACCUCAAGCAUGGCUGAGCAGAAAUUGGGCGAAUAUGACGUUCACGCGAAAGAAAUGGAUGUGUACCAAUUGGUUAUCCCGGAGAUGAAACGAUUAAUGCGAUCCAUAGGUGAUCGCUCCGAACUCUAUCCAAAAACGUUGGCUAUUGAUCGGAACAACGAUGUGAUCAUAUUCAGUGAUCUCUCCUUGAAAGGAUAUAUCAUGGCAGAUAGAACAACUGGUAUCGACGUAACGCAUACCAAAAUGUCGCUGGAUUUAAUGGCUAAACUGCACGCAAGUUCACUCAGACUAGCCGAAAUGUACCCGACCAUAUUGAACCGUUUCAAGACUGGUAUGAUGACUCGUGAAACGGAUGCCUUCUAUCCAAUGUUCUACUCAAACCUAGACGCGCUCACGGAGGAAAUCAGCACCUGGGACCCGAAAUGGAACUAUUACGCAAGCAAACUUAGAAAAUUACGGCCGCAUUUCGUUGAGCAAGGACUGCAAGUUUUUGAUCAUGAAAAAGAUGAUGAUUUGCGUGUGUUCGUACACGGUGAUCUCUGGACCAACAAUCUACUGUUCAAGUACGAUGCCACUGGGAGGCCUUUAGAUGCUGUGCUGCUGGAUUUUCAAUUCUGCUGCUACGGCACACCCAUGAUUGAUCUUUGCUAUUUUUUCUUCACAUCUACCCAAGAUGACAUUCGUCAGAAUUGCUUCGAAGAACUAAUGCAGUACUAUUACUAUCGCAUGACGGACUAUGCUAAAAAGCUCAAAUGCAAUAAAAAGUUGCCCACACUUCAUCAGUUCCAGCAACAACUCUUGAGGAAGUUAUUUUACGCUGUUUACUCUAGCUUUAUUGCACUCCCGAUACAAAUGAAUGAACAGACGGCCGAUGCAGAUUUCGAAGCGUUGAUGGGAGACGAUGAACGCGCCCGACGGUUCAAAAAAACUAUAAUGGCGAAUCGAAAAUAUCACAAGAUUAUCAAGGGGCUGUUGCCAACUUUCGACAAGAAAGGGUUGUUGGACAAGUUGGAUUGAUGGCGACUGCACGCAGCGACAUUCGGGGCAGUGGCCCUGCUGUUUGCACUAGUUAUGUGAGCUUCGAAUGUUGCUGUGUUAAUGAGCUAGAAGGGGCUUUAUUUGUAUGUGAUUUAGAUUUUUAAAAUUCUCAGCUUUGGUGCAGUAUCAGAGAUAAAAAUAAAUAUGAUUUAUAAUUCUAGUCGAAAACUGAUCAAUUAGUUGUGAAAAGGUGGGAUUUCACUGACACCAACAAUGUGUAGCGUACGUAAAUGCCACAGGCCGCAGCCUACAUGUUGCCUUAAAGAUUUUCCCAUGGGCAUAGGAGAUUGAAAUAAAUUAGUUUAGGAGGUUAGGAAGCAUGCAAUAUAAUUUUCUGUCAUCAGUUACGUAAUAAAUUCCUAAAUUGAGUAUAAAAAGUA